UGUAUUUGGUAGAACAAAUGCGGCGCUACGUUAAGCCAUCAAAUAUUGUGGGUGCGAAUAUUUCACAUCCAGUUGACAUAUUUAAGAUGACCGUUGAGCACCGCGUGCAGUGUGGUUCGUGUCACAAGGUGCGCUACACACGUGAGACCGAUUGUUGCCUUUCAUUACCAAUUCCGUUGGAUCCUAAUCUAAAGAAUUCUGAUGGAAAUCCAAAACAAACCGAGGAGGAAAUUUUUGCCAGCCGUCCUCAUAUCUCUUUAGACGCGUGUCUCGGGUCACUAAUGCAGGCAACGGAUAUUGACUGCCGCUGCAGUGCCUGCGGGAUUCCGGUCACGUACUGCAAAACCACACGACUGAGGACUUUUCCGGAUGUUCUCCCCAUUUUCCUCCGUCGGGCGCAGUUCGACAUGGAAACCAUGAGUGUCAGGAAGCUUGAUGUGUUUGUGGAUGUCCCUUUAGAGCUGGACUUGGAGUUCCUCCGCGGUAAGGGCCUGCAGUCAGACGAAGUUUCGAUGCCUGAGGCGCGAGAGGAUCUCCCACACAAGCCGACAUCCUCUUCAAUGAAAACGGUGGAUGAAGAGGCCCUUGCCAUGUUGUUGAGUAUGGGUAUUGAAGAGACCGUGGCCAGAUACGCGCUAUUACAGACGGGCAUGAAUGCGGAAAGAGCGGUUGACUACGUAUUCAGUCGCGAGAAUAUCGCGGAAGAGGCCGGACUCGCUGAAAUCUCUACCACUGCAUCCGAGAGCCAGCCGGUGCAUGUUUUAGAUGGGCCGGCAAAGUACCGACUGCAUGCCAUGAUAAGCCACGUGGGAGCAAGCGCAAAAACGGGGCAUUACGUCUGUCAUAUUUGUGACGCACAGACCGGAAAGUGGUUGUUGUUCAAUGAUGAAAAAGUCGCCGAAUCCCUCAACCCGCCAUUCUCUAUGGCUUUUCUUUACUUUUAUAAGAGAGUGGGAAAGUGA